UGAAGGCAUCAUAAACCAAACUAGCAGCUAGCCUGCGCAGUAGCGAUGCUCGGACGGGAGAGCUGGUCAGCCUGUUUAGCUGGCCAGCCUGUUUAGCUGGCGUCACGCUAUCAUAUUAACAUGCUUUAACGAGGCUAAGAGGAUCCGUUCUCCAGUUUAAUAUCGUACUGUGAAGCUAGUGAACCCGAAAGUAUUUCCGAUGGGAGACUAUGAGAGCAGUGCUCCUGGGCGAAUAACUGUGUAUUCAAUCCAGGGUUGCCCACACUGCACGCAGGCCAAGACCACCCUUGCUGGCUUGGGAGUGCCUGUAUGUGACAUAGACCUCGGUAGUCAUUCAGAGCUGAGAGCAAAGGUGAAGGAGCUGACAGGACGCAGCACAGUCCCUCAGAUCUUCUUUAACAAUAUUCAUGUUGGAGGUAACGACGACCUGCAGAAACUGUCACCUGAAGAGCUUCAGAGGCUGGUAAGUCUGGUGAAGGAAGAGCCCCUUCCAGCAGAUGCACCACCUCUGCCACAACAGAGUCAGUCAGAGCAUACAGCUUCAGAGAACGAAGGAGCCACUGAGCUCUCUUUGCUUUUACGGGAGAUGAUUCUGAAAUUGUUCUCGGAGCAUCUCUCUGCCGAUGGCAAGUCUGUGGACUAUAAAGGCAUGUCAGCAAAUCCUGUUUUUGAGCGUUACUGUGAGCUAGCUAUUCAGCUGCAGAGGGUGGAGUUGCUGUCGCUUAGCCGGGAGGAGAAGCUGGCCUUCUUCAUCAAUAUCUACAAUGCCUUAGUCAUCCAUGGGUACCUACGCCUAGGGGCUCCCACCAACAUGUGGCAAAGAUACAGAUUCUUCAAUUAUGUGAGCUACCUGAUUGGAGGAGAGGUAUUCACGCUGCAGGACAUUGAGAAUGGCAUUCUUAGAGGGAACAGAAAAGGUGUCGCACAGCUUCGAAGACCCUUCUCCAAAACGGACCCACGACUUCAAGUGGCACUUCCAGAUGCUGAGCCACUGAUUCACUUUGCCUUGAACUGUGGUGCAAAGGGCUGUCCACCUAUUAAAACAUACACACCACAAGACAUCGACAGCCAGCUCCGCACAGCAGCUGAGGCCUUCCUGGAGAAUGAUGACGCCUGUGUGGUAGAUUCUGUAAAAAAAGAAGUGCACCUAAGUCAGAUAUUUAAGUGGUACAAAGCUGAUUUUGGAGGCACGGAUGAGAAGCUGCUGGGAUGGGUGCUGGAUCACAUGGGUGACUCACCAAAGAAGACCAGCCUGCAGGGCGUCGUUUCUGCUGGAAAGACCAAAGUCAGUUUUCUCCCUUAUGACUGGAGCUCCAACAGCACCCACUGAGCUCACACACAAAUGCAUUCACACCUACCUGUAUGUACGUCUACAUGUUUUACGUCCAUUGUCUUCUGAUUGAAUCUGUACAAAAUGGAAAAACACUUAUUCUUAACCAUGCGUAUGUUUUAUACAGAACAUAAUGUAUGUCCCUGUGACAUGAGGAGCACAUUCUGCUCUCAUUGUAAGCUCCUACACCCCAUCUUUUGAUGCUAUGUAAAUACUAGAGAAUUUGGUAAGAUCAUCUCAGUACUUUCUACACAUGAAUGGUGUACUCCAGCAGCUUGAUAGCAUCAAAUGCACACUAAACAUAUUUUAUUAUCUGUAACCAUAGUUGUGGCUCUCCUUUCCAUGUCAGCCACUCAGGAGUCAUAGAUGAUCCCAUUCCUCUCUGUCCAGUUCAACACUGGUUGAGCUAUUCAUGUGGUGCGUAUAAUUAUAGCAGAUGGAAACGAUAACUUGGCUUAUCAAACAUACUGCUUUUAUAAGCCAUAAGAAAACCUUUUGAACUUUAAAGAAAAACACUCAUUCAUGUGCAGCAGACUGCACCUUCUUCUCUCUGGUCCUUCAUUUAAGCAUUUUGCAACCUACAUAUUUAAAUGGUUUGGUUUUCCAUUCUGUGGGGAAAGGAAGGAUUAGCUGCUGCUCCUUUUAUCUUUUAAAUGAAAUCGAAUAUAGAUGUGGAUAUUAUAUAGUCACAACUCAGCUUGUGGCUGUAGAAUCUGAAAUGCAAGGUGAAGAUUUUGUAAAUAAUGAUCCUUUUUGAGUUUGUUUGCGGUUAACAACCUCUGAGCUUUUUUUUAAAGGGGACAAAUGAAAUCUGGUUGUGCUGCUCUUAUUGUCCUAGUUGGUCAGCAUAGGAUGCACUCAAUGAGUAGUUGAUUUACAUCAGCAAAGGGAGCAGCUUCUGUGUGCACUGUGUAGAACACACAGACAUAUCCAGUGUCCGCUGCUUAGACUUUAUUUAAAUGUAUGGAUCAGUUUGUCUUCCUAUCAACCAUAGGUAAACUUAUUCUUCCUCUAUGCAUGUUAGCCUAUAUGGCUUUUCAACCCUCUUUUUAAUCCAGGUAUUCCACUGUAAAUUGCAGAAGUGCUAUUACUGUGUUUUGGGUUUUUUAGCACAGUUAUUUGUUUUAAAAAGAAAAUUAUGAAACAUUUAUCAAAACCAAACCCGUUCGGGAUGCACUCUGACACUUUGCAUGUUUUUUGCCUACUUAUGCUACUGAGACAUAUUUGUACUUUUUCACAAGGUCGCUGUUCUGUUUGUCUGUAUGUGAAUAAUGUGCUGUUGAUCCAGCUUUUUAUUUCAGCAUGUCUACAGAAACUGGACAAAAAAGUCUUUAGACGUGUACAUUACCAAAAUGUACCAAAUGUACACUUGGUCAUUAAUUCAAUAGGAUAUUAGUGUAUUUAGUUUCACCUUGAACAAGUUUACAGAAACUAUUCUUAUUUAGGAGUUGAGCUUUUCUUUAAACUUAGCCUUUCAUGGGUUUUUUUUAUUUUUUAUUAAUUUUUAGUAUGGUGCUUCAUUGUACAUUGCAUAGCAGUGCAAUAACGUUCCAUUAAGUUUCUAUAAUGUGUCACAUCGUCUUAAGAUUUUCUUAUCUCAGGUCAAAGCAAAAUCUGACACCAGGUUGUUUGAUGUCAUCAGUGCAUCGUAUGCUGCAUGUUGUUUUCUAGUCUUAGCAUUUCUGUAUAGUUUGUAUUUGUUUGCAAAAUCAUUUUCAGCAUUUGAUUCCUGCACACUGCUGUGUUUUUGUUAAGGCUACAAGCAGCACCAAAGCAAAUGGUUAAAUUAGCAUGUCUCAGAGCUGGAACACAUUUGCUGCAUGAGUUAGAGGAAUACCCUUCAGUCUUGAAUAGUAACUAUAACAGGACUGCCUCUGCUGGCUAGUGUGUUUUUUUUUUUUUUCUUUCUUCCCCCAGCCUGUGUGCUUGGCUAUAAGAACUGCUUGGACCUAAAGUGUCAGAUAUCGAAGUACACAAAGUAAAAAACCACAUCUGAUAAAAGUCAGGCAUACACUGAUUACUGCGUAUAGACUUGAGGACACCAGUCUAUUUAACAGACUGUAGGUUUUCUUUGAAUGCAGCCUUCAGCAACAAAGUGCACCUUUGGCUUUACUAUAGUGUUAAGAGUGGGAGACACUUUGUGGACUAAAUUAAACAACACAAGAUUUGUUUAUAGAUGUUCCCUGUUUUUUUUGUUUUUUUCCCCCAAAAGAUAAUAAAAACAUACCUCAUGUAUCAGGAAGAUGUGAUGCAAAAAAACUUUUUUAAACAAUUCUAAUAUCACUGUUCCUCUUUCCUAGGAUUGACAACAAAAAAAAUUUUACAUCCCUAAAUAAAUAUGCAAUGUU